AUGCUUGUCAAGGACCUUGCUCAAGAUCAGCGAAAUUUACUUAGAGACUUACAAAAAGAUAUUAGCUCGCUGUAUGAGACUCUUUCUGAAGAAUAUGUAACACACUGGAAAGAAGAAUGUCAAAGGGAGACAUCUAAGGAAUGCCCUAAAGUUGUUCAACACGUAAAAGAAUCAUUAAAGGCUUUAAAUAUUCUUGAUAAAUGUCAAAUUAUCCCUGUGGAGCAUGAUUAUUAUGACUGGGAGCUUCAACAAAGAGCGUUUAGAGUCAAUGCACCAUCCAAAGAGCACAUGUGUAAAAGUGUUAUUAUUGAGAACACUCGCUGUACACAUCAAGACAUAUCAGACCCUUUGUACUCUAGAUAUUACUCUGUUAUUACCCAAUAUGUUUCUCCUGUCAACACACAAAAGUUGUUAAAUUACUGUCGUAACUUGAAGAAUAAGGAAAUCAGUAAAAAGUAUUACAACUUCCGUCUUGCUGACCCGGAGGUGUCACUCAAGCUUACUGGCUUCGAAAAGGGUGGAGUGUCUCCUUAUGGAAUGAAGCAGCCUAUUCCUAUUAUCCUUGCUGAAUCCAUUACAAAGCUCAAGCCACCUGUUAUCUAUCUCGGCGCUGGUCAUAUCGAUUGGAAGCUAGCUAUCCCUAUUGAUACAUUCAUAGAAACAACUGGUUGCUUUAUUGCUGAUUUGGAUUAA